AUGGCGGAGCUGCACAUCAUCGGCGAGCUAAGUUCGGUCAUCGGCUUCGAGGAACCGAACCUGUUCUGUCGCUGGAGCGUCCAGUUCGGCUCGAACUGGAAGGUCGUCGAGGGUCACGUCGAAGGGCAAUCGUGCAGCAGUACAGCCCGGAUCGAGCAACGGUCCGAAUUCUGUACACCGAUCGAUCUGCACCUCGUCACCCGCGGUCUGCAGGGUUGGCCAAAGCUGCACGUAGAACUUUACGCUGUGAACGCACUCCGACAGUACUGGCCCGUGGGGUACGGAUUCGGUUUUGUCCCAGCUCGGCCCGGUCAUCAUCGGGUACAGAUCGCCACGUGGAAGGUGUCCUCGGCACGUGCGGCAGACGCCUUCAGGGAGCGGUUCCAUACUGGUGGGUUCGCACUGGCCAAAAGUGACAUUGCGUUCUCCGGCAUCGAGCGGUACAAACUGCUCACAAAGUCGGCUGGCACGGUCGAAUUUGAGCUUAUGCUAGUGUUUAAGCACUUCUGUGAGUAUGGCGUCGAGCUCUAUUAG